AUGUCUCGAGGCGGACGAGGCGGAGGACGAGGCGGGCGCGGCGGCCGGACGGGACCUCAGCUGCCAUGGGACAAUGGCGAACACGCGCCCGACACGAGACCCUCGGAGCUCUUCCCUCAAUACAACGUUCCAACCGCAAGGCCCCUCUCCGAUCUCGAACAGGCAAACGUCAACGCCUUCCUCCUCUUCCGCCGCCAGUUCCAGGACGGCCCCUUGUACACCCGUAAGCGCACCUGGGGAAUGGACCCCAUGAACACGAGGAAGCUCUACGGCCAGGAUCAGGUGAAUGCCAAGUACGGCGUGCGUACGCGGGCGACGGCAGACCCAUUCACGGGCGUACAGACGUAUUCUCAAAAGUUCACCCGCGAAGAGAGGGCGCUCCCUGAAUUCGGUGGACGGCCCUUCUGCAAGGAGUUCUUCCCCAAGGAGCUUCACCCGACUCUCGACGGCGACGACGUUGCGCCUGGAGAAAAGAGGCGAGGCGGCGAGGCCAAGAGGUUACGGCUGUCCAAGAUCACGGCGUUGCCUACGGCCGAGGACGUAUUCCAGAUGAAUGAGCAUGAGGAGAUUGGUCCCGACGGUGCCAAGAAGACUUUGGAGGCACUCGAACGUAUUCCCGAGGGCGAAGGCGAGGGUGUAGAGGAAGAAUGGGAAGAGGGUGCUGAGGAAGAGGAGCAGGAUGUGGAAUACGACGACGAGGAUGCCGGUGACUACGACGCCGAGAACUACUUUGACGACGGCGAGUUCGGCGACGACGAUGGUGGAGAUGAUGAUCACGGCGGCCGAGAAGGGUCGUACUGA